CAGAAGACAAAGCGCAUAGGCUCCCGUCUAAUAAAAAACUGAAUCAACACCGCAAACAUCGAAAGAGGAAGGUGUCCUGCAAUCAUGCAAAACCAGAAGGGACGAGUGAUCAUGUGGAGUCACAUCUGCUUGUACUCUUCUUCAGGAGUCAUUAUUUUACUAGAGAAAGUGGCACUUGUCCUGUGCUUCAUUCACUACUUCUGGGUGGGGAAAGAGCUGCUGGCUUGGCUGACACUGGCUCUAUGUUUGCCUGCCACCGCUGUCCAGCUGCUUAGUCUGAAGUGGUACAUCACUGAUACAGAAAAAAGCAAGCCUUCAAUCAUCUUUGUGCACUGCCUGCACCUGGGGAUCUAUCACAGGUUAUGGAAGUGCAUGAAGUCUCGGGGAGGGCAGGUUGAGUCUGAUACAUUGCUAAUGCAGCAAGCAGAUGUGUCUGCUCUGUGUUUGAUCGAAUCCUUGUCACUCAGCUUGCCUCAAAGUCUACUGCAGACCUACACUUUAUUCACCCUUAACACCGGCUUUCUGACACCAGUGGCCCUAUGUGUUGGGCUCAGCCUGCUAAAUGUGUCGUGGUUCCUGGUAUUGUACAGUCGAUCAUGCUUAUUGCUCCGUCCUGGUCACCUGCACAUGACUCCUGCUGCUAUGUUGUGCCAGCUCAUAUGGAGGGGUGGCAUGCUGGGUGCCAGGGUGGCCAGCCUGAUGUUUUUCUGCAGUGUGUUUCAUUGGUGGACCUGUGGCGUCAUGGGUUUCCACUGGCUCAUUAUGGCAUUCUGGCUAGUGUCCCAGCAGACAGAUAUCUGUGUUAACUGGAGUUCCUGGCGUCUCUUCAACGUAAUCUUAGGGGCUGUACACAUUUUCCUAUUCCUUAACAUUAAAGACGGCCCCUCACGGUACCGCAUGGUUGGGUUUUAUUUGUUAAUGUUGUUGGAGAACACGUUCCUCAUUCUUCUGGCUUCAGACUCACUCAGUAAACCUUCAUGGAAUAGUCUGAGCAUUCCUGUGGCGGUGCUAUGUAGCUUCUUCAUUGGUGUCAUUUUUGUUAUUCUUUACUACCGAUUUCUUCAUCCAAAAUCUACCGAGAUCCUUCAAAGUAUAAGAUUUCAAAUGAGCCUGACUGCUAUCGACAGAACAGCCUCUGAUCUACAAUGCAAGGAGUCAACACUUGAAUCCUGCAAACAGAGUCAUGGCACAUUUUCAGUUACCGGUUACACUCCAGACGAGGAUGCGGGAGCGUGUUGUACUCAACCUUUAGGGGGCUGCGGGCACCAUCAUCAUAUGUUAUUUUACCUUGCUCUCAAAAAUGGCACCCCAAGCAAGAUCAACCGCCUCUACGGAGGGCUUUCGGGCUUACCGGGGAAUGAUAAUGUACUUGAUGCACGUUCUGAACUGAAGCGUUGUAACCAGCCGUCAUUGGACAUAAAAGAACAAUGUGAAAGUUUGCCUGACCAUGCAGAGGAUGCUGAAUGUGUCGAGAGACUGAGACAGUCUCCAGACGGUGAAUCCAAGAUGCUGAAGGAUGCUGUGUAUAACACCUGCCCUGUAGAUGGCAGCAGUACUGUUUACUUUAGUGCAGAUCCACAUUCGGCUUAUAGUCUUGAUGAUGCUACUUUAGACAAAGAGAGCAUGACUAUAAUAAGUCCCAUCGUGAAUAAAGCUGCACCGCACUUAACUGCGAAAGAAUUAUUAAACAGGAACCCAUGCUAUACCUCAACUCCAAUACCAGACCUUAAAACAAUGCACAAUACAAGUCCUCGAUUAGGAGGAGCUAGGAGACAAGUACAUUUUUAAUGUAAGGUCAUAGAUAAUUUGUGGAAAAUGUUGGUUUAUUUGGGAUAUAGCUUAUGGACUUUUUCUGCUUAUUUUUUAUGUCAUACCAUACUAACCACUAUAGAUCUGUAUGUUUAAUCAUAUGUUUAAUUGUAGUAUCUUUACUCAUCGGUACGAACAGUUAUAAGUUAGUUUACAUAUUUUUUAAAGUAUUUUUUACAUAUUUAAACUAGCAUUUUAACACGCUGCUCUCUUUUUGUCUAUUACAGUAGCAUUUGUUUGCAUUUUAAUGUACCUUGUAUAUGUUUUGUGUACUUUUAUGUUUUAUUUUUUUGUUCUAUAUACUUUUGUUUUAUUUUAUAAUGUUUAUAUUUAUUUCAGGAACACCGUAUAUUUAAAAAAAUAAUUAUAUUUAUGGUUGACCUAUUUUAUAUUCUCUAUAUUCUUCAUUGUUUACAUUGGAUUUUGUAUCAUCUGACAUCUUUGUGUCAUUCUUGUUCUGAACAAGUCUUCUUAAGAAGCUGUUUUGGGUUUGUUUUUCCAAAUGUAUAGGAUGUGACUGGUACGGCAAUAUAGACGGCAUCAUUUCUAUAGAUACUAGCUGAGUAAAGAAAUACUGUGUUUAAUUCUGCAUGUAAAGGCGGAGAAGCUGAGACCCAAUUUGGGCCAUGGGUGUAACAUUUUCAAUAUGCUCUCUAAACUGUAAACCAAAACCAGAGUGUGCUAGCUGACCAAACAGGGUAGACUGUGCAUCUCAAGGAGGGUGGCUUUAAAGAUAGAA